UUACCUUGACAACCGUCCAGCCUCCUCUCCCUCAGGAUGACUGGGAGUGACGCAGGGCAGACGGAAAAAACAGGGUCUUGAAGGGAAGCAGGGGAUGCUGGAAGGACUUUAUCCUGAAUUUAUUUCUCCGUUUUGAGAUCGGAUGCACGGCCUGGCCCUGCGCCCAGAGAACAUGCCCGUUACCUGUGGGAAGGCUUUUCCUGGGACCGAUCAGUAGGAAACCAUCGCCUCAUCCUUGGGGCGGAUCAGUUUGGACACAUUCCAAGGUGACGUUGGUUCCUGUUUCUGUUGAUGGGAAACUAGUCCAGAUAUUUAUUUUUCUCACCGAACACCAAGUUCUGAAUCUCUAGGUGGGAUUUUUUUUUUGGACCCCGUUUCUCCGUCAUUUGAUCAAAUCUCCAUCAUGAAUUACCUGCGUCGCCGCCUCUCGGACAGCAAUUUCAUGUCCAAUCUGCCCAAUGGCUACAUGGGCGACCUCCAACGCCCUGAGCCGCCGCAGCAAAGCCCCGCAGUGUCGCCCGGGCCGGCGGAGAGGCGCCAGCCCCCGGCCCAGCAGCAGCAGCAGCAGCAGCAGGCUGCAGGUGGGGGCUCCGGUUUCUUCUCCUCCUUAUCCAACGCUGUCAAACAGACCACAGCCGCUGCAGCGGCAACUCUAUCCGAGGCGGCGGAUCGGGCUGGCGUCUCCAGUCACGGCAAGAUCCUCCUGGUUAUCGACGACCAGCAGACCGACUGGGUGAAGGUCUUUAGAGGAAGAAAGAUCCACGGUGAAUUUGACAUCAAGGUAGAACAGGCAGAAUUCUCAGAGAUCAACCUGGUGGCCAAUGCCAAUGGCACCUACAACGUCGACCUUGAUGCCAUCAGGAAUGGGCACAAGGUUACUAAGUCAUUUAAGCCAGACUUUGUGCUGAUCAGACAGCACGCUUUCAGCAUGGACAGGAAUGGAGACCAUCGCAACAUGGUGAUUGGACUGCAGUACGCCGGACUGCCAAGUGUUAACACUCUGCACUCUGUCUAUAACUUCUGUGACAAACCAUGGGUGUUUGCUCAGAUGUCAAGACUCCACAAGCAGCUGGGCCCAGAUGAGUUCCCACUGAUUGAGCAGGUUUAUUAUCCAAAUCAUAAGGAAAUGAUCAGCGCCCCUCGGUUCCCUGUCGUUGUGAAGAUGGGCCAUGCUCACUCAGGAAUGGGAAAGGUGAAAGUGGACAAUCAAUAUGACUUUCAAGAUAUUGCUAGCGUUGUGGCACUAACCAAGACUUAUGCCACAUCCGAGCCUUUCAUUGAUGCAAAGUAUGACGUCCGCAUCCAGAAGAUCGGUAACAACUACAAGGCUUAUAUGAGGACCUCCAUUUCUGGCAACUGGAAAACAAACACAGGUUCUUCAAUGCUUGAGCAGGUGGCCAUGUCAGACAAGUAUAAAUUAUGGGUGGAUUCAUGCGCAGAUAUCUUUGGAGGGUUAGAUAUCUGUGCUGUGGAGGCUCUGCAUGGUAAAGAUGGAAAGGACUAUAUUAUAGAGGUUGAUGACUGUUCGAUGCCACUGAUUGGGGACCAACAGGAUGAGGAUCGAGUUCAGAUUGCAGAACUAGUGGUUUCAAAAAUGCAGGAGACUAUUCCACGUACUCCCAGUUCUUCCUCAGUCCGGGCUGCAGCAGGACAGCCAGCACAGAAAGCAGUUUCUCCUCAGCCUGUCUCACAGCCAAGAGUACCACAGACUCAACAGCGCCCCUCCCCUCAGGGUGGUCCCCAACAAAGUCCUCCUACGCAGCAGCGCCCCCAGCCUCAAGGCCAACCUCCUGCACCAACUCAGCCUUCUGCUGCCGGCCUGGGCGCUGCAGAGCCCACUUCCCAGACCAAGGCCAACCAAGGCCCCUCAGCCCAAACCCGAGCUCCAGGUCAGGGCGCUCCUCAGCGAAGCCAGGGAGGCUCCCCUCAAACUCAAAGGCAGCAGUCAGUCUCCCAGCAGCAGAAACCUUCUGGUGGGGGUCCUGGCCAGAAACCUGCAGGCGGGCAGCAACAAAAACCUGCCCCACUCCCUAGGCAGCAGUCACAGGGAGGAUCACAGAAGGCCCAGCCGAGCCGCCCCGGGCCACCAACCACAACACAGCCAAGGCCUGCCGCUCAAGGUCAGGGCGGCCCAGGAGGACGCCCCCCUCUGCAGCAAAAGCCACAGCCCCCACAGAAGCCCAGUCAGGACAGCCCAGCUAUGGGCGGUUCUCCACAGCUAAAAAACCCCAGCGCCCCGAGCCAGCCUUAGCCAGGACGAGGUGAAGGCUGAAACCAUACGCAAUCUACGCAAAUCUUUUGCCAGUCUCUUCUCAGACUGAGCUGGCAUCAGAUCCUCCCACCCCUCUUUCUUCCUCCGGCUGAGAGAAAAAAAACGCACAGGCAACCUGAUGGACACCCAUCUCCACCUCCCCGGAAGCGAGCAAGGACCAACAGUAUCACCGCUUUAUGAGUGUGACAUGAAAGCGCACACACCUGACAUCCAUUUCCCAAACAGACAAUAUCUAUUAGAGUGAACAAAAGGUAGAGUAGAGACGAGUGAUGUUAUGUUUCAAACAUUUCUUGCCUGGCUUAAAGCUUAACUGAGUCAUCAGAUCAAACCUCACAAAUGUCUGUGUAUUUGCAUGCAACAGUCAUUACCUAAAAUCAGAAACAAAGCAACACACAAUCCUGCUUCCUCGUUUGUCGGUACUGUAAAUCCGUCGUGGUGUUUGUGGUUAAAAAAAACUAAAGGACUGUACAAAUGUUAUUGGGAAAAUAGUUGAGCUUUUUUUCCUCUCCUCUUCAGUAAAACCCUGUUUUCCUGAGAACUAUUCCAACUUAUUCAAAAACAACAUUUCCUUUUCCUAAAA